UCCGCUUAGUGCGAGUGCCAGAGGACUGGGCAGAGAUGGGGCUGGGACUGCGGUUGUGAACCGGGAGGGGGCGGCCCUGGGCCGGGAGCUGCUGCCGCUGGGGGUCGAGCAGCGCAGUAUCUGGGAGGAAGGGUCCAUUAUGUGUGCGUCGGUCAAGUACAACACAAGGGGUCCUGUCCUCAUCCCCAGGAUGAAGUCUAAGCACCGGGUUUAUUACAUAGCUCUGUUCUCCGUGGUCUUGCUUGGCCUUAUUGCCACUGGGAUGUUCCAGUUUUGGCCGCACACCAUCGAGCCAUCCAGCGACUGGACUCCGGAAAAGAGGAGCGUCCAUGACGUACCAGCCGUGAAACUCCCGGAAAACAGUCCUCUGCCGGAGCGGGGCGACCUGAGCUGCAGAAUGCACACGUGCUUCGAUGUGUACCGCUGUGGUUUCAACCCCAAGAACAAAGUCAAGGUGUAUAUCUACCCCCUGAAGAAAUAUACCGAUGAGUACGGCGGCUCGGUGGGCAGCACGAUAUCCCGCGAAUAUAAUGAGUUGCUCACCGCGAUUUCUCAGAGUGAUUUUUAUACUGAAGAUGUUAACCGAGCGUGUCUGUUCCUGCCCUCCAUUGAUGUCCUGAAUCAGAACAAUUUACGUAUUAAGGAGACCGCGCAGGCUUUAGCCCAACUUCCAAGGUGGGACAGAGGUACAAAUCAUCUAUUGUUUAACAUGCUUCCCGGCGGACCCCCAGAUUAUAACACAGCUCUGGAUGUUCCCAGAGAUAGAGCCGUUCUGGCAGGCGGCGGAUUCUCGACCUGGACUUAUCGCCAAGGAUACGACGUCAGUAUUCCUGUUUACAGUCCUCUGUCUGCUGAGGUCAAUGUACCAGAGAGGGCGCCAGGACCUAGAAAACAUUUCAUCCUCUCCUCCCAGACCGCGCUGCAUCCCGAGUUCCGCACAGAUCUGGAAACCAUCCGGGCAGAGAACGGAGAAUCGGUGCUGGUUUUAGACAAAUGCAGUAACCUUUCCGAUGGGUCCGCGCCCCAUCGCAAGCGCUGUGGCAAGAACGCGGCGUAUGACUAUCCGCAGGUGCUUCAGGACGCCACGUUCUGCCUUGUGUUCCGUGGAGCUCGUUUGGGACAGGCGGCGCUCAGCGAUGUCUUGCAGGCUGGCUGUGUCCCGGUCAUCAUCGCCGACUCCUAUGUGCUGCCUUUCUCUGAAGUCUUGGACUGGAAGAGAGCAUCUGUGGUGAUACCGGAGGAGAAGAUCCUGGAGUUAUACAGCAUUCUGCAGGACAUCCCCCAGAGACAGGUCCAGGAGAUGCAGAGACAGGCUCGCUGGUUUUGGGAGGGUUAUUUCAAGUCAAUGAAGAACAUCGCGUUAGCGACCCUCCAAAUCAUCAACGACAGGAUCUAUCCAUAUGCUGCAAGGUCCUACGAAGAGUGGAAUGACCCUCAGUCAGUGAAGUGGAGCAGCGUCAGCAACCCUCUGUUCCUGCCGCUGAUCCCGCCGCAGUCUCAGGGCUUCACGGCCGUGGUGCUGACGUUUGACCGCGUCGAGAGCCUCUUCAGAGUCAUCACAGAGGUGUCCAAAGUCCCGUCGUUGUCCAAACUGCUGGUGGUCUGGAAUAACCAAAAUAAAAGUCCUCCCGAAGCAUCUCUGUGGCCCAAGAUCCGAGUACCGCUCAAAGUGGUGAGGACAGCCGAGAACAAACUAAGUAACCGGUUCUUCCCGUACGAUGAGAUUGAAACCGAGGCUGUGCUGGCCAUCGACGAUGACAUCAUUAUGCUGACAUCAGACGAGUUACAAUUUGGUUACGAGGUGUGGCGAGAGUUCCCGGACCGGCUGGUGGGGUAUCCGGGCCGCUUACAUCUGUGGGACCACGAAAUGAACAAGUGGAAGUAUGAAUCCGAAUGGACCAACGAGGUGUCCAUGGUACUGACAGGGGCAGCUUUCUAUCACAAGUAUUUCAAUUACCUUUACACGUACAAGAUGCCCGGAGACAUCAAGAACUGGGUGGACGCUCACAUGAACUGCGAAGAUAUCGCUAUGAACUUCUUAGUAGCCAACGUGACCGGAAAAGCCCCUAUAAAGGUGACGCCACGAAAGAAAUUUAAAUGCCCGGAGUGCACGGCCAUCGACGGCCUCUCGUUGGAUCAGACGCACAUGGUGGAGCGGUCCGAAUGCAUCAACAAAUUUGCCUCGGUUUUCGGCACGAUGCCUCUGAAGGUGGUGGAACAUCGAGCGGAUCCCGUGCUUUACAAGGACGACUUUCCGGAAAAGCUAAAGAGCUUCCCAAACAUCGGCAGCCUGUGAUGACCUCACGCUUUAUCUCCAGCCACGAAGCAUGACAUCAUCAGAGCGCGUCCGCCUCCGUCGCCAGCGGUGAACUCCUGUUUAUACGCUCCGAAGGCCCUGCCGCA